AUGGUUGAAGAUGAAUAUGGUCCUAUUAUUGAACGCACAAAUAAUGUUGUUGGUGAAAUCAGCGGUGUUCCAGAUUUAUAUUCAAAUAAUUCAGUGCGUUUGAUUGGGAUGAAUCAUAUUGAAUAUAUUGAUACUGUGGAUGACGAAGAAAAUGAUAUCAUUAGUGAUGCUUCAGAUCUUUCUGUGGAUGUGAAACAAGUUUACAAAGAUAAAAGUGUACUAGCAGAAGUGAUGAAGCAUUACGCAUUUGUCAAUAAGUUUACAUUCAAUGUUAAGAGAUCCAGCUCAACUUGCUAUUAUCUUGUUUGUCCGUCAAAAAAUUGUACUUGGUUCUUGAAAUCAUCAAGUCUCAAUCAGUCUGGACUUUUCAAGAUAAGAAAAUAUUGUGAUACAAAAAAAAUAUACACACCAAGAGAUAUUGCCGAUGACAUACUGAAACUUCAUGGUGUUACAUUGAGUUACAUGCAAGCCUGGCGAUCAAAGGAAAAGGCAGUAAAGAUGUUGCGAGGAGAUCCAACGGAAUCAUAUACAAGAAUACCAGCUUAUUUUUACAUUUUGGAUAAGCAUUAUCCUGGUUCAGUUCUAAGUUUAGAGAAAACCGAAGACAAUAGAUUUCUAUUUGCAUUUGUUGCUUUAGAGGCAUCAAUCCGAGAAUGGGAAUAUUGCAGGCCUGUAAUAGAUGUUGAUGGAGCACAUCUGAAGUGUUCUUAUGGGGGUACCAUUCUUAUUGCAAGCACGUUGGAUCCAGGAGAAAUGCAUUUGGAGAAAGACAAAAUAUGUGCUUCGUCUCAGAUAGGCAUGAGAGUAUAUGGAAAGAAUGUUGAAGAUUUGAAAAAGCUUUUCUUUGCAAUGGCAAAGGCAUACACACUUCAACAAUUUGAAGAAUUGAUGAGAAAGGUGGACGAAAUCGAUAAGAAGAUAAGAAAAUAUUUAUUUGGAAUAGGAUAUCAUAAAUGGACAAUGACACAUGCAACUGUUAAUCAUACAUGGGUAAUGACCUCAAACAUAGCAGAAUCAAUAAACAACACCAAUCGAUUAGCACGGAAACUUCCAGUAGUAUCAUUGUUGGAUUUUAUGAAAAUAACAAUUCAAUCAUGGAGUGCUAAACAUAGCGAAGAGGCUGGGCAAACCAAAACUGAUCUUACUGAACCAUACAAUAAAAUACUUGAAGAUAACCGUGAGAUAUCUCACCGUAUGACAGUAAGCCCAUCAACACAAUUCCUACAUACAAUAACUGAUGGAGCAAGACGUUUCACAAUGUGUCUACGAAGUAGAAAAUGUAGUUGUGGACGUUUUCAACUAGAUGAGAUACCAUGUGGUCAUGCUAUGGCUGCAAUUGGACACAGAAAUAAACAUGGAGAGGACUAUUGUUCUGAGUUCUACAACAAUAAAAAUUUUCAAGACGCGUAUGAAAUUCCAGUUGAACCUCUUCCAUGUGAGAGUACAUGGGAAAUACCAUCUCAUGUGCUGGAUCAAAAAUUAUUACCACCAGAUUAUAAGAGAGGGCUAGGGAAACCACCAAUGGAACGCAAGAAGUCAUAUAGCGAAGGAAAAUUCAAGAGGGCCAAGGUGAUUUAUCUAUGUUAUUAG